GCCAAUUUAGGGGGAACACCGCCUCUGAAUGCACUGAGUGAGACACCAUAUGGACGGACGGACCGAUGGAUGCAUGACGUGUGGAUAUAAUCGAGCAGUCCGUGAAAAGCCAUUUUCACGUCCAGUGUUUGAGGGAGCAUUAACAGAGCGGAUUCUAACACGGGCAUCGGGUCUGUCUGUCAAGAGGGUGACCAGACUCUGAACAAUAGCGCCCAAUGCAGCGCGGGUCUCUCUAGUGCAUAACGGGAAAGCCACGGCAGGACUGAGGGCUGCCAGAGGUUUAUAGUUGGAGAUGGCUGCACUCUGAUGUAGGUUACUCGCACAGAUUAGUGGAUUUAUUGAUGUGAAUAUCGUCAGCAGCAGACCAAGCCUGUAUUAAUGCAAAAGAUGAAUUCUACCGAUGCUGCCGAAGAAGGAUUGACGGAUCCGGACACGGACCCGUUUUUCAAAACAGUGCCAUCCCUGUCAUCCAGCUCUCUGCGGAACGACGGGAUAAAAGCGUGUGAUGUUCUGACGGUGCUGAGGGAGAAAGUAGCGUUUGUCUCUGGGGGCAGGGACAAGCGAGGGGGGCCCAUCCUGACCUUCCCUGCCCGGAGCAACCACGACCGAAUAAAACAGGAGGACCUGCGCAAACUGGUGACCUAUCUCUCUACUGUGCCCAGUGAGGACGUCAGCAAGCGCGGCUUCACUGUGAUCAUCGACAUGCGCGGCUCCAAGUGGGACCUGAUCAAGCCCCUGCUGAAGACGCUGCAGGAGGCCUUCCCCGCCGAGAUCUGUGUCGCCCUCAUCAUCAAGCCUGACAACUUCUGGCAGAAGCAGAAGACCAACUUUGGAAGUGCCAAAUUUACAUUCGAGACCAGUAUGGUGUCCGUGGAGGGCCUGACCAAGCUGGUGGACCCCUCCCAGUUGACGGCCGACCUGGAGGGCACGCUGGAGUACGACCACGUGGAGUGGACCGAGCUCCGCGUAUCCCUGGAGGAGUUCACGGGCGGCGCCCUGCACCUCCUCUCGCGCCUGGAGGAGCUGCAGGAGGUGCUCACGCGGCAGGACCUCCCCGCCGACGCCGAGGAGUCUCGGCGGCUACUCGAGGACCACGCUCGGCUGCGCAAGACCGUCGCCAAGGCGCCCGUGGACGGCCUGGACCAGGAGGGCCAGCGGCUGCUGCAGAGGAUCCGGGACGGCGGUGACGGGCGGCUCUCGGGGGGGCCCGACUUCCAGAGCCUGGUGCCCAAGGUGGCCGCCCUGCUGGACAAACUGCAGGCCACGCGCCAGCAUCUGCUCCAGGCCUGGCACACCCGCAAGCAGCAGCUGGACCAGUGUUUCCAGCUCCGCCUCUACGAGCAGGACGCAGAGAAGAUGUUUGAAUGGAUCAGUCACAACAGGGAGCUGUUUCUGCAGGGCCACACGGAGAUUGGGAAGAGCCACCAACAUGCCUCAGACCUGCAGGCUCAGCAUGACCAUUUCGCAAUGAACUCUAUGAAUGCGUAUGUGAACAUCACACGGAUCGUCUCCGUGGCGACGCGGCUGUGUGAGGCGGGCCACUACGCGGCGCCGCAGAUCCAGCAGGUGUCGGCGCAGCUGGACUUGGACUGGAAGAGCUUCGCUGCCGCACUCGAGGAGCGCAGUGCCAUACUCACCAUGUCCUCUGUGUUCCACCAGAAAGCAGAGCAGUUUCUGUCCGGUGUGGAGGGGUGGACUAAGACGUGUAAUGAGGGAGGGCUGCCCUCUGCAGUCCCAGAGCUGGAGGUGGCCAUCCAUAACCACCAGACCCUGUGUGACCAGGUCACCACGGCCUUCAAUGAGGUCAGUCAGAAGGGGAAGACGUUGCUGGAUGUGCUGCAGCGACCGCAUCCUCCUCCUGAUUCGGGCUCGCUGACAUCGGGGGCGGACUACACGCUGGCGGUGCGGGCGGUUCUGGAGGUGGUCCACGAGGUUAUGCACCAGAACCGCCGUCUGGAAGGGCUACUGCAGCACCGCAAGCUCCGUCUGCACCAGCGGCUCCAGCUGUGUGUGUUUCAGCAGGACGUACAGCAGGUACUGGACUGGAUAGAGAACCACGGUGAAGCAUUCCUCAGUAAACACACUGGAGUUGGGAAGUCGGUCCACAGGGCCCGCGCUCUGCAGAAACGCCAUGACGACUUCCAGGAGGUGGCCCAGAACACGUACACCAAUGCAGAUAAGCUGCUGGAGGCGGCCGAGCAGUUGGCUCAGACGGGGGAGUGUGACCCGGAGGAGAUCUACUCGGCUGCCCACCACCUGGAGCUCAAGGUGCAGGAGUUUGUGCGCCGCGUCGAACAGAGGAAGCUCCUGCUGGACCUCUCCGUGGCCUUCCACACACACACCAAGGAGCUGUGGACGUGGAUGGAGGAGCUCCAGAAGGGCCUGGUGGAGCAGGUGUGUUCAGGCUCAGUGGACGAGGUGCAGGAGCUCAUCCGCCAGUUCCAGCAACAGCAGAGCAGCACGCUGGACGCCACGCUCAACGUCAUCAAGGAGGGCGAGGAACUUAUCCAGCACCUCAGGGACUCUGCUCUGGCUAGUAACCGAUUGCCCCACGCGAGCUCAGUGGCUCACAUCGAGAGCGUGCUACAGCAGCUGGACGAGGCCCAGGUCCACAUGGAGGAACUGUUCCACGAGCGCAGAAUCAAACUGGACAUCUUCCUCCAGCUGCGCAUCUUUGAGCAGUAUGCCUUAGAGGUGACAGGCGAGCUGGACGCCUGGAAGCAGGAGCUGCAGCGGCAGGCCAGCGACUUCAACGCCGAGGAGCUGGCGCUGGCCGAACAGCGGCUACACCGCCACACUGAGCGCAAGCUGGCCAUGAACAACAUGAGCUUCGAGGUGGUCCAGCAGGGGCAGGACCUGCACCAGUACAUCAUGGAGGUGCAGGCCUCAGGUAUGGAGCUGACCGGGGAGAAGGACAUAGAUCUGGCCACUCAGGUUCAGGAGCUGCUGGAGUUCCUGCAUGAGAAACAGCGCGAGCUGGAGCUGAGCGCUGAACACACACACAAGCGCCUCGAGCAGUGCCUACAGCUGCGCCACCUACAGGCCGAGGUCAAACAGGUCCUAGGUUGGAUCCGUAAUGGUGAGUCCAUGCUGACCGCCAGUACGGUGAACGCAGGCUCUCUCUCGGAGGCUGAACAGCUGCAGAGGGAACAUGAGCAGUUUCAGAUGGCCAUAGAGUCUUUACUGCACGCAGACUCACUGCAGCGAACGCACCAGAGCGCCCUGCAGCUGCAGCAGCGGGCCGAGCUCAUGCUGCAGGCGGGUCACUACGACCCGGACGCCGUGCGCGCCUGCGCCGAGACGGUGGCGCUGCACUGGCAGACGCUCAUGCUCAAGAUGGAGGACCGGCUCAAGCUGGUCAACGCCUCCGUGGCCUUCUACAAGACCUCUGAACAGGUGUGUAACGUGCUGGAGAGUCUGGAGCAGGAGUACCGGCGGGAGGAGGACUGGUGUGGCGGCCAUGACAAGCUGGGCGCCUCGGCCGAGACUGACCACGUGGCUCCGCUCAUCACUAAACACCUGGAGCAGAAGGAGGCCUUCCUCAAGGCCUGUACUCUGGCCAGACGGAAUGCAGAGGUCUUCCUCAAGUACAUCCAUCGCAACAAUGUCAGCAUGCCUGGAGUGGCCAGCCACACUCGUGCCCCUGAGACACAGGUCAAAGCUAUCCUGAGUGAGCUGCUCCAGAGAGAAAACCGGGUCCUGCACUUUUGGACUAUGAAGAAGCGCCGCUUGGACCAGUGCCAGCAGUACGUGCUGUUUGAGCGCCAUGCCAAGCAGGCACUGGAUUGGCUACAGGAGACGGGCGAGUACUACCUCUCCACACACACCUCGACAGGGGAAACCACCGAGAAAACUCAGGAUCUACUCAAGGAGUACGGGGAGUUCCGCGUGUCUGCCAAGCAAACCCAGGAGAAGGUGAAGCUGCUCAUCCAGCUGGCCGACAGUCUGGUGGAGAAGGGCCAUGUCCACGUGACCGAGCUCAAGAAGUGGGUGUCCACCGUGGACCGCCGCUACAGGGACUUCAGCCAGCGCAUGGGCCAGUACCGCUGCAGCCUGGAGCGAGCGCUGGGCAUCUGCUCCGAGGACAACAAAGACCUGGAGCUGGACAUCAUCCCGGCCAGCCUCACCCACCCCGACCCGGAAGUGAACCUGCAUGACCCCGACCAUGAGGUCAACGAGGAGAAGAGGAAGUCUGCCAGGAAGAAGGAGUAUAUCAUGGCUGAGCUGCUGCAAACUGAGAGAGCGUACGUCAGGGACCUACAAGAAUGCUUAGAGACAUUCCUUUGGGAGAUGACCAGCGGUAUGGAGGAGAUUCCCCAAGGAAUCACUAACAAGGAGCACGUCAUCUUCGGGAAUAUCCAGGAGAUUUAUGACUUCCAUAAUAAUAUUUUCUUGAAGGAGCUGGAGAACUAUGAACAGCUACCUGAGGACGUGGGCCACUGUUUUGUCACAUGGGCGGAUAAGUUCCACAUGUACGUCACGUACUGCAAGAACAAGCCCGACUCCAGUCAGCUCAUCCAGGGCCAGGCUGGCAGGUUCUUUGAUGAGAUCCAGCGCAGACACGGGCUGGCCAACUCCAUCUCCUCCUACCUCAUUAAGCCAGUGCAAAGGAUCACCAAGUACCAGCUCCUGCUGAAGGAGUUGUUGACGUGCUGUGAGGAGGGGAAAGGAGAGAUUAAGGAAGGUUUGGAGGUCAUGCUCAGUGUGCCCAAGCGUGCCAACGAUGCCAUGCACGUCAGCAUGCUGGAGGGUUUCGAUGAGAACCUGGCCGUGCAGGGAGAACUCAUCCUGCAGGACACCUUCCAGGUGUGGGACCCCAAGUCUCUGAUCCGGAAGGGCCGGGACCGGCACCUGUUCCUGUUCGAGAUCUCGCUGGUCUUCAGCAAAGAGAUGAAGGACUCGUCGGGACGCACGAAAUACGUCUACAAGAGCAAACUACUGACGUCUGAGCUGGGGGUGACGGAACACAUUGAGGGGGACCCGUGCAAGUUCGCUCUGUGGGCCGGACGGACCCCGACGUCCGACAACAGAACAGUCUUAAAGGCCACCACUAUGGAGCUGAAGCAGGAGUGGAUCAGGAACAUCCGGGAGGUGAUCCAGGAGCGAACGGUCCACCUGAAGGGGGCACUGAAGGAGCCUAUCCACCUGCCCAAAACCCCCGCCCGCCAGAGGACCAUCAGCAAGAGGGACACAACUGAGGAUGCGGACAGCCAGGGGGACGCUAGCAGCCAGCCGGACACUAUCUCCAUCGCCUCCCGCACCUCACAGAACACUGUGGACAGUGAUAAGCUGUCCGGCGGCUGUGAGCAGACGGUGGUGCUGCAGGACUUUGCGGCCGGCGGGCCGGGCGAGCUGUCGGUGCAGUCGGGCCAGACGGUGGAGCUGCUGGAGCGGUCCGGCGAGCGUCCGGGCUGGUGCCUGGUGCGGACCACGGAGCGCUCGCCGCCACAGGAGGGCCUGGUGCCCAGCGCCACCCUGUCCGUCUCCCAUUCCCGCAGCAGCGUGGACAUGGACUGCUUCUUCCCCGCGGGGAAAGAGAACUUUCCAGUAGCGAGCUCGGAGGUCAAGUCAGAGUCGGUGGCCUCAUUGCAGCCUCAGGCGUCCGUCAGCUCGCUGCCGACCGGCUCACCAGGACCCAAGCGCUCCGGGACGACCGGUAACACCCUGAAGAAGUGGCUGACCAGCCCUGUGCGGCGCCUCAGCCACGGCAAGGGGGAUAACGCCAACACCAAGAAGCCCACAGGCAAGCAGCGCAAAAGGGACGGACGCAAGAGCGUGGACCUGGGCCCCCAGCACGAGGACAGCACAGAGGAGAAGGGCAGGAGAGGAACCAACAGUGGUGGAGAGGAGGAGGCUGAGGACGAGCCCCACACCCCACUUCCUCCCCCCAUGGAGAUCAUCAAGGACCCCUCGGCUCAGGAGGCCAAGACCCCUGAGUCUGGUGCGUUUCCAGCCUUUGGGAGCGUAAGUCCUUCAGAACAGAACUUGGCCACGCCCCGAGACCCAGAGACGGAGAAGAGAAACAAAGCCAUGAGAGGACGCAUGUUUGUCAUGAACGAAAUGGUUCAGACUGAGCGGGACUACGUCAAAGACCUGGGCAUCGUUGUGGAUGGAUUCAUGAAGAGAGUCACAGAGAAGGGGGUGCCGGAGGACAUGACGGGGAAAGACAAAAUCGUGUUUGGGAACAUCCAUCAGAUCUACGACUGGCACCGAGAUUUUUUCCUGGGAGAACUGGAGAAAUGUCUGCAGGACCACGAGAGGCUGGCAGAGCUCUUUAUCAAACACGAACGUCGGCUCCACAUGUACGUGGUGUACUGUCAAAACAAACCAAGGUCUGAGUUUGUGGUGGCAGAGUAUGACUCCUACUUCGAGGAACUGCAACAGGAAAUCAACUGUAGGAUGUCCAUCAGUGACUAUCUCAUCAAGCCCAUUCAGAGGAUCACCAAAUACCAGCUUCUCCUGAAGGACUUCUUGAAGUUCAGCUCAAAGGCUGGCCUGGACUGUCAGGAAAUUGAGAAAGCUGUGGAUCUGAUGUUCCUGGUGCCCAAACGCUGCAAUGACAUGAUGAACCUGGGCCGGCUGCAGGGUUACGAGGGCAAGCUCACAGCCCAGGGCAAGCUGCUUCUACAGGACACGUUCUUUGUGACGGAGCACGACACGGGGGUCCUGUCGCGCAGCAAGGAGCGGAGGGUCUUCCUCUUUGAGCAGAUCGUCAUCUUCAGCGAACUCUUACGUAAAGGCUCGUCCACGCCCGGCUACCAGUUCAAGAAGAGCAUCAAGGUGAAUUACCUGAGUAUGGAGGAGCAUGUGGACUCGGACCCAUGUAAGUUUGUGAUGGCAUCACGGGGGUCCUCGGAGAGGCUGACGCUGCAGGCAGCCAACAUGGAGAUCAAGCAGGAGUGGGUGCAGCAGAUCCGAGACCUGCUGGACGCACAGAGCAGCUUCCUGUCUGCUCUUCAGAACCCUCAGAUCUUCCAAAAGAAAGACAGCGGAGGCUCUCUGCCCCGACAGCAUUCCGCUAACGGCCGGCCACCUGCCCACCCGUCCAGUCCCCUUAAGCCAUCUACCUCCAAUGGAAGCCCUGCCCACAAGUCCAGCAAGCACCCCGAACCAGAGAUGUCCGACGACCCAGACUGCAACGGCCUGUCGUCAGUGCUGGUGACGCACGACUACAACGCAGUGAAGGAGGACGAGAUCUGCGUGGUGGCCGGCGAGCGAGUCCAGAUCCUGGCCUCCAACCAGCAGAACAUGUGCCUGGUGUAUCGGCCGGCCAACAGCCAAUCGCCCGCCGCCGAAGGCUGGAUCCCGGGUCACGUGCUCGCCUCCACGCGGUGAGCCUCCGCCCCUGGCUCACCCUGGCGGACACACACACCCUCCUGGUCCUCCUUCAGGUCCUCUUCGCCACCUCCUUUUCAGUUGAAGCCCUCAGUGUAGACUCACUGGUAGUAGCCUCCUCAUGUUCCGCCAUCGGUGAAAACCCCACGGAGCCCCCUAACGAAAGAGGUGUCAAUCCCGUGCCACCGCAUCACAUCACCACAGCAACUGACACCACCCCCCCUUCCUUCUCUUGAGAUCUGAUUGGACUGUACGAAGCACGGCACCUGCCCCCUUUCUCUCUUCUCACUCUCUCGUCUCUCACCUGUGGCUCCGCCUCUUUCUGAUAGGACAAAACAAUAAUGAACUGACGGACGCCGCACGCUGUCCCUAUGUUGUUGGACGCCAUCGCCAUACCUUCUGUUGAUAUGUUUCAAAAAGAAAGAAAAAACAUUUAAAUAACAGGGGAAUUCUUUAAAUAUAUAAAUAUAUAUAUUAUUAAAAAAAGAAAGAUUGUGUUCCUUUGGAAAGGGCAACUCAUGAGAUGAACUGAUUGCGUUGGUGUGACCAUGUGUUUGUGUGUUUAUGCUUCUCAUUCAGCCACGUCAUUCUGCCCACACACACACCCAGACACAAACACUUUUACCCCCAACGGGAGUCCCCCUGACUUCUACUCUAUGCCAAGUCAUUUGUACACAGUGUACUAUAGUUUGUCUUCUAUGUGUUCAAAUUUUUAUUUUUGCAAGUUGUUUUUAAUAAUUAUCCCAUGAUUUACAGGUUCUCCGAUGUUGACAAGCCACAGCUGAAGCAUAAAAAAGCAUUUUUCUCCUUUUAUGUUCUGACUCAUGUUCCCUUGUACAAAAAGAAAAAAACGUUUUCUGCACUUUCCAAUGAAAUGCAUUACGAUGACGCCAGGUUGUGCAAUAUCUAAAAAAAAAAAGUCGACGUUCAUCAUUGUACUUGUAAUGUAACAAAGAAUUUUAAAUGUAUUAUUCUGUAUCAUUUUAAAUUUGUACAUAAUAUUUUUGACAUUACCAUGAUCUAACAGACAAGAGAAAGUUAUAUCUGUUCAGCAUUAGGAUAUGAAAAACUCAGUUCUAUAAGUAAUUAAAAAAUAACUUCGAUAGACAAGACAGUGCUAUGGUGCUCCUACAAAACACCUCAAACUAUCAGCCCAUGAAUCAUAAUUCUGUCUGAUUUAGUGCAUCAUCAUCUAGGCCUGUUUAACUCAUCCCAGGCCAGGUAAAAAAAAAAAAAAGACUAAAAAAAAACUUGACAAAAAAAAAAAAGACUAGAAAAGAAAAAGUAAAAAAGACAAAACAUUGAUUUUGAACAAUUAGUCAAUUCCAAGUUGGUGUUGUGAAUGGCAUCUAUUUCUGAUUGUGAGUAUCUGCUGCUGUCUCCUGGCGCCCCUCCCCCACCCAGCCCUGGCCUUUGUGAGAUAACUGUACAUAUCAGAUAGAGCAGCCCACGUGGCAGCGGACUCUGGGCCGGAUCGGAGCCAGAUCAGAGCCGCAUCUGGGUCGGAUGCGGGGCAGAGUCGGCGGCCAUCUGGGAGGUCUUUCAUUUGUUUAACUCUGGAAUGUGGUUCAUAAUAAAGCUGACAAUUUUUCAUCUUGAAAA